AUGCGCGCUCACAUCUGUCCGCAGGUGCUGGGAUCUGAGGGGCCGCCCCUGAUCGAGCCUCUGGCCCCUUCAGUGUCCCCUGAGAGCCCAAUUGAAGGCCAAACCCCAAACUCAGCCCUGAGAACAUCUGUCCGAGGCCCAAUUGAAGGCCAAACCCCAAACUCAGCCCUGAGAACAUCUGUCCGAGAAAAAGAGGAGAGAAUAGCUAAAGAGAAGGAACAAGGGACCUAUAAAGAGAAGGUGACACCAAAAUCAUAUGAAAAAGUUUCCACAAGCUUGGGUCACCAUAACUUUUAUCCUCCAUAUGAACCCGUGGAGGGUCAGGUGUGUAACUUCCUGUCUGUCGCUGACAGGAGCAGGAGGGACUUCCUGUGUGAGCAGAACUCACCGUCCGAUGUCCACUAUAGCCAGAACUCGUGCUGGGAUGCUGGGUACCAGAUAAGUGGCUCUUUCUACAGCUGUAACACGUUUGACUCGCCUCCCUCUCCGUUCACUCUGGACGCCAGCAUGAGAUCAGCAGAGGCCAUGGCACUGUCAGACGCCCGUCUGCAGGUGACGGUGUUCAGCGGGGAGACUCUGGUCGCGGACGUCACCGUCAUGAGCGCCGAGGGCUGUCGACUGGCUCCACAUGACGACAAUUGGACCUUCAGUGGCCUGGGUGGCCCGGAGCUGGUUCCUCUCCCUCAGGCUGAGAGAGGAGCGCUGGAGGGGGGCGUCUUGCUCUGGAUGACGCCUGAUGGCCUGUACACCCGACGCUUCUGUCAGUGCAGGGUCUACUACGACGGGACGCAUGCUAACCUGAGCGCCAAACUCUGCAAACUAGAGAGAGAGCAGACCAGAAAACUACUGGACACACAGCUCUUCCUGACAGAGCUCCAGGGUUAUUUCCUGCACGCUCGUCCUCCUCCGCGUUUCCACGUGCAGCUGUUUUUUGAGUGCUGCGACCCUUCCGCAGACAACAGACCCCUGACGGUCCAGGUGGAGCCGCUGUUCGUCCGUCAGCUGCUGCUCCUCCUCCAGCAGGGCGGUGUGAACUACAUGAGGAGCACCCAUGAACUUUGUCCUCUGACCCCUGAGCAGGUUUACCCCGCCCACCAAGAUAAUCCUGUCAUCAGCGGACAUCAGACGCACGGCAACUUCAUACAAGAGUGACCCCAAAACAGUUACAAGACAUUAAGACACCAAUUUUUAAUAUAUAGUUAAUAAUAUUAAUA